AUGGCGCCUCGCCUUGUCCGUACUGCUCGUCUCCCGCAGGCUUCUUACCACGUUCUGAAGUUGGACGAGUCUUUGGACACAUCCUACAAUUCACUCACAGACUACGGAUCCUACAAAGCCAACAUCUUCACCCAUAGACUUCCUGAAUCCACCGCCCAGCAAUCUCCUUCAUUGGUUGCUUUGCAUCACAGAUUACGUUUACCAGAGUCCUAUACCUUGUCGACGUUGUCGCAAGCCUUGAACUGUGACAAGAGCACUGGUUUGGCUAACAACUACGGCUUGAGCAUCCUUGGCCGGAACUUACUAGCAUACUACGUCAGCGAACACUUGUUGAUGAACUACCCUAGACUUCCAUUGCCUGUUCACAACGAAGCAACCAACGCAUACAUGGGUCCAUACAGUUUAGCUGAGAUCGGUCGCUCUUGGGGUAUCGAGACUGAUGUCAAGACAAAGUUGGAAAAGUACCUCGCCAGUGAGCCAGAGUUCAUCACAUACGGAAGAUUGCGUUUCUUGUCUGAAGAGGCCAAGGACGUUCCACAGGAAGAGGGUAUAAAAGAGUACAAGCAAGCCAAGUUGGGCCUCUAUGACGAAAACUCAAAGACAUAUUUGACACAGGAAGAAGAGGCUUACGUCCACGCUGUUAGAUCCAUCGUUGGUGGUAUGUACACUCACGCUGGCGAAGAAGCUGCUAAAAAAUUCAUUCAGUCCCACAUUUUGUCUAGAAAGAUUCCAUUGCAUGAAAUGUUCCAGUUCAGCAAACCUACUAGAGAAUUGACGAGGUUGUGUGACAAGUUGGGUCUUGAGGAUCCUCUAGAAAUCAGAUUAAUUGCCGAAACCGGUAGAUUGUCCACCCACGCUAUCUUUGUGGCUGGUGCAUUCUCUGGUGGCAACAAGUUGGGAGAGGGCGUUGGUGCUUCCUUGAACGAGGCCAAGACAAGAGCUGUGGUCAAUGCAUUGUUGUCUUACUACUUGUACACCCCAGUCAACGAGCAGGGUGACGAAAUCAAGACUCCUAGCGAGGACAACUACAAAUUUGAGGGGAUUGUUGGUUCUGGUGAUGUUGCAAUCUAA